ACAAUCUGGAUCUGCCACUGCCACAUAACAUUUUGGCCGUAGAUUAUGAAUAAUAUGGCUGAAACGCCUAGUGAAAUUGGCAGUACUCCUCAUGGCCUGCGUUUGGACGAAAUCCCAGCUUCAAACCUUGGCAGAACUGGAGGCACAAGCAUCUCAAGUUCUUAACCGUUUAGAAUAUGUAAAAGUUGCUUUAGAAGAGCAACAGCAGCAAUUAUCGGCGAACCACGGCUCCCUGCAACCGGAUAAAAAAACAACUGAUGAGGUGCUGACUAGUUUGGAGACAUUGAUUUCUCAUUUCGAUGUCGAAGAUGAGCCAGAAUUUAUACUUCCACCAUUGGAUGAUUUUUCGCAGUUAGCAGUAAUUACUCAUUCAAUAAGUGCCUAUCUCUCGGCAUUAGAUAAGCAACAUUUAAGUCGCGUUGUUUCUAAAGUGAUAGCAGAUACUAAUCGAUGGCUAAGUCAUAUUUUUCGAUUCAUGGAUUCCAACUCUAGUUACCAUCGUGACAACGCAGAGUGCAUUCUUCAUGCUGUUAGAAUGGCAAUAGCUAGCCGUCUACCGGAAACAGAAAAUCGCUUGGUUCAGCUGCAGAGUACUACGCUGUACGUUUCGGCGUCUGGGUCAUUGUUUGCGUUACAAAACGCUUGCCGAUUUCUGGGUCUUCCAGUUGGCAAUAUUCGUGUUAUUCCAUGCAAUUCGAUGCUAGAAGCACGCGGAGCUAUGGAUACUAUGGAAUUGCAGAAAAUACUGUCAGCCGAUGUGGAAGCCGGAAAAAUUCCCUUAUUUCUUAUUGCCGACUUGGGUUCUUCUGUUUGUGGAGAUGUCGACAAUUUAGCUGCAAUAAGAAACAUUUGUGCGAUAAACAAUAUUUGGCUGCAUUGUCAAGGUCAUUGUUUGGCAGCUUUGGCCGUCACACGGGGUACACUUGCAGGGAUAAAAGCCAUCCCGGAUUCAAUAACUUUGAAUUUGGGAACCUGGUUGGGUAUCACUGGAAUACCAUGUGUGCUGAUGUACCGCCAAGUAUCAGUAAAUAUUUUUACACUCUUCGAUGUCGAUCCUAUUUUAUCCAACCGUUUAACCGCUCUUGGGUUGUGGACCGUCAUACAAGUCAUGGGGGUGGACUCCAUCAGUGAAAGGAUUUACAUGGCUUUUGAUACGUGUCGACAGUUGUACGAAAUGUUGAAAAACGUUGAGGGCCUUAGGAUAUUAAGCAAAGCACCCCGCCAGGAAGCUGGGAAAUCUUACCGAGCUCUUUUAAAUAACCCAGUAUAUUAUUCCGUGCUAUUCGAAGCCGCUAUUCCUGUUGUUGUAUUUCAGUUUGAUGGCAGUUAUACGAACAAUGACACAGCAGAAAAGGCUGACUCGGUAUUAUCUCCGCCAAUUAUGUCUGUGCAUGCUCUUAAUGAAGGCACUUCAACCCAUAGUCUUGUUAACGCUGAAUCAGAUUCUAAAAAGGCAAACCAUACAAUUGAUAGAGCUAUUGAAAAAGUGUCCAACUCCUCGUACUAUGAUCGUUUAAAUGGGUGGCUUGGUCAAAUUUUGUUGCGCGACUGUGCCCAACUGAAUUUAGAAAUCGUAAACCAUCCAACAUUCGGUACUUGCAUACGUUACUCUCCAUUUUCCGCUGGAUACGGGGAAAUGUUACCAGCGAACGAAGUUAUCGACAAUGUAGCGCAAUUUAUCGAAGCACAAAUAGAAAUCCUGAUGGCUACCGUUAGGCACAAAAGUCGCUUCAAUGAACUCGUCGUGGAAAGCCCAGUAUUGCGCUUGAUUGAGUUAAAUGAUUGGGCUGGUCUAGGAAGUGUACAUUAUGUUCCCGAAGGUUGGGAAACAUUACUGACGGAUCAGGCAAAAACAGAACUUAACAGGCUAAAUUCAGCAUUAGUAGACAUGUUAAAGGCUCAUGAUAAUGCAUUCUCGCUGGGCGAGGCUAGUGAUGGACUGAUUUGUGUUAGGUUUGGCAUGGUUACUAGUGAGACCGAUGUAGAAGAGUUGUUGGACUUAGUAAUUCAAACUGGUCAAAAGAUACAAGAGAAUUCAAAAAUUCUUGACACCAUGUCAGAGAUACUGAAGAAGGGCAUUGAAGCAGCGACGCAUGAUUUGCAACGAGAAGCUGAAGAAAAACUUUGGCAAGACGGCAUACUACGGCAGGUCCCUUUGGUAGGACGAGUUGUAAAUUGGUGGUCACCUCCAGCGAAAGAAACGGGAGUUAAGGGAAGAAGUCUAAACUUGACCCAGGGAGUCGUUGAAAGCACAGAAAAUAUUUACAAGUAUCACAUGCAAAUGACAGCCAGGCAUCAUCAGCUACCAGGAAAUAAAAACCCACCAACGCCUCUGGUGCAAACUCCGAUUAGCGCUGAUAGUAAAAGUUUACAUUCACGUAGCGCAAGCUCUAGUAGCCAACAGUCCAAUAUUUUAGCAUCUCAACAGCCUUCGCAGCAGCAGCAGCAGCAGCAACAACAACAACAAUAUAGUAGUCAGCCUAGUACGGAAAAUGCGACAACUUGAAGACGUUGAGAGCUACUUGAAUGCAACGGUAAGAUAUUGUCAUAAUAAAAAAAACUUGUAUUUUUACCAAAGGCAUUAAAAUCCAGUUUCGAAGAAAAUCGGAUUUAUUCCAUUGCGAUAUGCUAGAGCAUGCCGUCGAUGCAAAAAUAUCUGUCAAGAUACAAAGAUUCAUUUUAGAAUAGAAAACUGUGAAGUGCAUUGUUUCUUAAGUUAUAAAA